AUGCGUUUCAUCAAUCGCGGCAGCCCGGGCACAUCGCAUGAGCAUGUCAACACCACGGCAGCGAACGUGGUCCUUCAAAUUGGACCGAAGAAGAUGCCCAUCAAGGCCGACAGACUACGUGGCGCCAGUCUUCGCCUGUGCUCUAGACGGCAGAGUGAGCUUCAACUAUCGACGCAAUCGAUCCACGACGAGGAGAAAGCGAUUGACGCCUUCUCACGCAUGGAAGAAGAACUUUCUGGCACUACGUCAAAUGGAAGCGACGGAAGCACCAUGCCAUGGUCUCCCGACUCGUACGGGAUGCCUAGUCAGCAUAUCCCAGCCAACACGCAUAGAAUUCCCCGGGGGCCGCUUGAACAUGAUUACCAUACAAACCCUCCGCCUGCCUACACAAAGCAAAUGAAAAGCCAACAGACCGCCGAAUCAGCUGUUCGCGACAUGGCCCUGCAUAAGGGAGGCCCGACCAUUUUCGACUCGUUGCGUGAGGCUCCACCGCGCAGACAUUCGUCUCUGGCAAUGAAGCAACAUCAAGUGUCUAAACGCAGCAGCAAAACGACAGGACCCACUUCAUCCGGGCCAAAGAAGCUCCAUCUGGUACACCUGUUUCCCCAGCCCAGGCCUGCGACCGGUCGACUGAUGAGUCCGGCGAAAUUUCAGCACUCCCCAACAGGACUGAGUGAUCGCACCAACUCGCCACUCCCACCACUGCCAGGCGCAGGAUCAAGCUCUGAAAUGCGCAAGUCAGAUAGAGCUCACAACCCGACCCCGUCCCUGCCACCAUCGACAAGUGCUUCCGGGACAGCCGGCAGAGGCAGCAGGAGCAAGGUUUUCGACGAGGAUAUCUUCGACCAGCACAAGACGCACGUACGGAGGCCUCCGAAAGGUAUUCAAAAUUGGUUCGACGCAUUCUCAGACAACGAUGAAGAUGAAGAUGAUGUGUCUGAGGAAGAGGUGCAAGCGGACAAGGAGCCAUCGCCGGAGCCUCAAGAGUUACCUGCGGAAGAUGUCCUACCUUCAGCUUAUCUACCGCCAAGUAGGCACGCUUCGAGGGUGGAUUACAAUGACCACCAGCAUCAGACACGUUCACUGGAGCAUCUCCAAGACACGCGCUAUCGGCAUGAACCAGUGCAAGAGCGAGGCCAUGUCCACAGGAGUGAAACCACCCGGUCGUGGGACAGCAUACAGUCUUCGCAUAUUGGAGGCGCGCGACAGUCCGUAAGCGACGUCAGACUGCACUCACACUUGGCGACAGAUCAAAGUGUACUGUCGGUGUCUGAAUCGGAGUACACUGACGAGGACGAUGGAGGUCAAGGUGAUGAGCGGGUGGACAGCGUUCGCCCUUCGUUGCCGCCUAUUAGGGACAGCAUUUACGACGACCGAAAUAUCUUCCUUGGUUCUGCAUCAGCACUUGGUGUUCGAAGAUUUCCACGACCACGAGCGGUCCAGGACCUGGCAGGUGCUGAAAGGGAGCACCUCCGACAAGUGCGAAGCUUUCCACCAGAUCAUGCACAACAAAAUGAGUGCGAGGACGCCUCACACACAUCCAGUAAGACUCCAAGCGCCGCAUAUCCUGCAAAACUCCUUCCCAUCACCUCCCAGGACAGUCUCCCGCCCACGGCUGACAAAGUCGCAUUGCGCAAACUCCAAGGCCUCACUAUUUCCACGCAGACUACUGACAGCAGUAUCACAGCCAACCAAGAGCAGCAAGACGCGCGCGACAGCGGUAGCAGCAGCGUUCCUUCCGAUGCCGCGCACAUGAUGGCAGUGACAGACGAGGAGAUGAUGCUCCUGGAUCUGAUGCGUCGCAAAAGAAUGAUGAUGCAGCAAAUGUCCUUUACCGAGGGCUAUCAGCUAGCGAUGAAGACCGAACAGGAGCGACUGGCCAAGCGCACCGAAUCUGCUGAGCUGAGGGCUCUCAAAGCUUUGCGGAAACGAGAGGACGAGCAACGUGACAGUUCCAUGUCAUCUGUCGGCUCACCGACGUCAUCGCAGAGUGCGCCCGACAUGCGCAGGCGAUUGAGCCAGAUCCGCAAGGAACAAGUUGACAAAACAUUCCACAUCCAACGCUUCUUGAGCAUGUCUCAGCCGCAGCCACUUGCGUCUCAUCCUCCAGAAAUUGAGACUACACCUGUGGGUGACUUGUUACCUUCUCGACGUCCCAGCGGUGAACUGUUGCCGGCUACGGUCUAUUCUCCAGCGUCCGCUGGAACUACAAGCAACGUCAACGUCAGGCCUGCCAUGAAACAAGGAUCAUUCGCAUCCGACGAAGAGAUCAAGAGGAGGGUCCAGCACUUCAUCGAGACCAAAGGCGCUCCACCUCCACUCAACACAAUGCCGAAGACCAUGCAAAGGUUUGGCAAGCGCGGACCAGCAAGCAUGCCGCCCUCUCCGGUGGUCGAAGAGGCGGAACCGCCUGCUGUGCCCAAGAAAAGCCCCGACCGCUUCAAUCACGGACGAAAUUUCUCGGCGGUAUCGCAACUGACACGCAAAGUGUCGUCUGUCUCCCUUAAUGACCACGAGCCUCGAGAUGUCUCCCCUGUGUCGGCAUUACCAUCGAGAAAUAACACUCUGCGAGACCCAUUUCCCGUGACGAACGGGGAAGCCCCACCUCCACUUCCAGGGACUGUAGAGAAGGCACAAAAAGAACAGGAAUACCCACAAGCGAACUUGGAACGCAGCACUACCCUUGUGUCACAGCUCACAUCCUCUCCAACUGGCGUCAGGAACAGUCCUGUCUCACCCUUCACAAACAUCAUCAACGCUGCCACCGCUCCAAAGCCACUCAGCGCAGCCACAGCCAACUGGACACCCGCGGGCAAAGCCCGACGCAUACAGGUGAUUGCGCGGCCGAAGCCAGUGGAGAACAAGCGACAAAGCACAAUGUAUGCCGUCCCCACCGACGACAAAUCAAAUGGCAUCAUCGUCACCGAGAAACCCGUGCCGGAGCAAGAGCCCGAUAAGAGUCCCGAGCAAAGAACGAAGACGGGCAAGGCAGAUAAGGUCGUGUCUUCUGCCAAACCUGUCUGCAGGUUGAACACCGUUGAGGCAAUUGACCAGCACGGUAGCUUAAUCAGUAUCACCAGUGCCGGGGAAGAAGUGCUCGCUGCCUGGGGCGACCUUGGCGGAGGGCCAGGCUCGCUGCGCACGAAGCUUCGAGUGAAGCCUUCUGGGCCGCUAUCUGGUAUCAUGAAUUCGCCCCCGCCACGAUAG